AUGUCAUUUGGUGGAAAUAAAGAUAGUUCACAACUGCAACAGUUUGUUGUCGGUGGUCUCGGAGGUAUGGGUGCCGCCAUUGUCACACAUCCAAUCGAUUCACUAAAAGUUAGAAUGCAACUUCAAGGUGAGAUGGAACAUACAAUCAAGCCAUCUGCUACUACCCCAGGUUCAACAACUACAACAACUACAGCAACAACAUUUAAACCAGAGAAAGGUUCAUUUAGAAUGCUUAAACAUAUUCAUGAAACUGAAGGAAUCUUUACAUUAUACAAAGGAUUAUCAGCAUCUCUAUUAAGACAAGCUACAUAUACAACAACUAGAUUCGGACUUUAUGGUGUAUUUAAAAAUGCAUUCCAUAUAGAUAAUAAAUCAUCACCAUUUCAUAUGAAAGUUAUGGUUGCAAUGUUGGCUGGUGCUGGUGGAGCUAUUGUAGGUACACCAGCAGAUGUAAUUAUGGUUAGAAUGCAAGCAGAUGGUAAGCUACCAGCUGAUCAAAGAAGAAACUACAAAGGUGUAUUCAAUGGUUUAUAUAGAAUUACAAAGGAGGAAGGUUUAUUCAGUCUGUGGAAGGGUUGCAGUCCCAACUUGGUCAGAGCAAUGUUUAUGACCGCCGGUCAAAUCGCAUCGUACGAUCAAGCCAAACAAAUGAUGUUGGCAUCCGGUUACUUCCAAGAUGAUUUCAAUACUCAUUUAACUGCAAGUACUAUUUCAGCAUUUGUAGCAUCAUUGGUAACGAGUCCACUGGAUGUAGUUAAAACAAGAAUCAUGAAUUCAAAGAAAACGGUUGGAUCGGAGAAACCACUGUAUAAGGGUACAAUCGAUUGUUUUUAUAAGUCUUCCGCCGCCGCCACCCCAGCUCAACCAACCGAAAAGGUCCAACUCGCCAGAGUCACUGAAGUCAUCUGCCGUACUGGUUCCCGUGGUGCUGUCACCCAAGUCCGUGUCGAAUUCUUGAACACCGAGAAGCCACGUUCCCUCUUGAGAAACGUCAAGGGUGCCGUCAGACUUAAUGAUAUCCUUUGUUUGCUCAAAUAUAAUUGGAAUCAUGUCAAUCAUGAUGAUAAUGCCAAUCUAAACAACAAUAAUAAUAAUAAUAAUAUUGAGGGAAAGCAAGGUAACUAUGACAGAAACAAACAUCGACUUGCGGGUAAUGAUGCAAUAUUUAGUACAUGUGUGGCUGUUGGUGAUAUUAUGAGAUCACUGCUUGGUCCUAGAAGUAGAGAUAAACUACUGGUUAAUCAAUUUGGUGAGAUUAUCAUAACAAAUGAUGGUGUAACCGUAAUGAAAUCAAUGAAUUUAGAACAUCCGGCAGCAAAGAUGAUGGUCGAACUAAGUAGUUCAAUGGAUGAUCAGAAUGGAGAUGGAACUACAUCUGUUGUAUUGUUGGCUUCACUUUUACUAAGGAAAUCACUUUCAUUGAUACAGGGCAGUGCUAAUUCAUCAUCAACAUCAACCAACAACAAUCUCUUUAUGAUCACAAGUCCUAUGCACCCAAUAAGAAUCAUACAUUCAUUUAUGAAAUCAUCAAAGAUCGCAUUACAAUCAAUCAACGACAUCUCGACAGUAGUUGAUAUUGACAGUGAUCGAGGUAGAGACAUAUUGCUAAACACUGCCAAGACCACUUUAAAUUCAAAAUUGAUAUCACAUUUAUCACCAACUUUGGCAAAUUUAUCUGUAGAUGCAAUACUGAUGGCGAAGAAGAGGUAUGGAGAUUCAAUGACAACACAAUCUAUCAAUAUAUUCGGUGUUACCGGUGGACUUCAGAGUGAAUCCAUCAUUACUCAAUCAAUGAUUUUCAACUAUACAUUUCUAAAUCAGUUGUUUGAUCCACCAACAAAGCAACAAUCUCAUAAAUUAGCAUUAUUAAAUAUAUCAUUUACAAAGCCAAGAUUAAUGUCAUCGACAACAGAAUUUGAAUAUAAUAGUGAUCAUUUCAAUAUGACUAAUCUUGUUCAAGAGGAAGAGAGUGCAAUCAAAUCGGUAGUAGUCGCACUCAAGAGAGCAUCCGUUACCAUUGUUGUUAUGGCCGAGCAACUCGACAGUCAAUCAUCACUCUCUAAUCUAGCACUAUCCUAUUUCUCUAAAGCAAAGAUAUCCGUACUGAAGCCUUUAUCAAGAUCUGAACUAAAUACAUUCUCUGAAAGAAUUGGUUGUAGAUAUAUAUUUAGUGAUCUACAACAGUUAAAGGAUAAGAAUAUCAAUGAUAGAUUAGUAACAUUUAAGAGUAUCAGUCAGAGGAAGAUUGCCAAUGAAUAUCUUUUGUUUUUUGAACCACCAGAUGUUGAUGAUGUAUCAUCACAGAAUAAGAAUAGUGCACCAACGAUUAUCUUGAUGGGUUCGACGUCGAUCGAGUUGGAAGAGUCGAAACGUGCAUUGCAUGAUGCUCUCUGUGUACUUAGAAAUUUGGUUAGAGAUCGAUCGGUUGUUCCUGGUGGUGGAGCAUGUGAAGCUCAUGCAGCUAUGAACAUCAGAAUGCACGCCAAACAAUUGUCAUCUCCACAAGAAGCUUGUGCGAUGAUGGCUUUUGCCGAUGCACUCGAAGAGAUACCGGAAACACUCUGUUUUAACGCCGGUCUAAAUCACCUGCAAUCACUGAGAUCUCUGAAAUCCAGUCAUCUUUCCAAUCCUGACAAUAAUAAAUUCAACGGUAUCAAUUUGAAAUCCGGAGAAAUUACCAACAUGUUUGAAUGCGGUGUAUUAGAGACAACUUCAAAUAAGAUUUCUCAAAUAUCUAUGGCAAAUGAAAUUGUAACAUCAAUAUUGAAAAUAGAUGAAACCAUUUAUUAUAAGAAAUAA